UCGGAGCGGCGCGAGGCUUCGUCGAGCGAGUGUCGGCGCUGCGGGCCACGUGCGACGAGGCGAUGCCAGCAGAAUGCUGCUGCCCGACCAGACGUACGACGAGUCCGACGGGGCCUUCGUCGACGCCGACCUGCACCGAGACAAAGUGCAGAACUGGCUGCGGGACUCGGUGUUCGCAGAGCAGCCGGGGGCGGCGGCGCCGCCCCCGCAGCAGGUGGAGGCCGCGUGUUGCGUGGCCAAGCGCAUUUUGUGCACCCUGCAGACGUACGACCGCUUUCUGCAGGCCAACGGCAUCAAGCCCGAGUUCUUUUGUCGCUACCGUGAAAAAUUGGCCCUGCAGAAGCUUUUGUUGCGGAAACACGCCGGCGACUGCAACCACGGCCAAGAUGCAAGUUCGUCCAAUGAGGCUGUGCACCUGCAGCAGCGUCUCCGCAGCCUCAGCACCGAGCUGGUGACCUUGCGCAACCGCCUCCACGUGGGUCAGCCGCCCCCGCCUGGGGUGCACCAGCCGCAGCCGCCUCUCCCCGCGCAGACGCAACCGCCAGCGCUGCCGCCGGCCAACAAGAAGCCCCUGCGCACCACGUCCCCGCAGCCGCCCCUCGGCAGGCACGUGCGGGGGCAGCUGCCCAUUCCUGCCGCCUCCAACGCCGCCUCCGACGCGAGCAAGCAGCAAAGCGCCUCGGCGGCCGCUGCCGCCGCCGCCAGAGGUUCCAACAACAACCUUCCCGAUCGGCUCAGCCAGCCGUGCACCCCCAGCAACCCUCCCGCGCCCCCGCUGCCCCCAGUUCCAGCGCCCACUGCCGUCCCACCCCCCAUGGCGCCUGCAGACCUCGAGGACCUGAUCCACCUGCCAGGACCGUUGACGGAAGACGCUGUUCUCAGGGCGCUGCAGGCCAGGUUUUCGGCCAACAACUAUUUUACCAACAUCGGGCCCAUCCUGCUGUCUGUGAACCCGUACAACGACGUCGGAAAUCCGCUGACUCUGAGCAGCACCAGAGGAAUUCCGCUCAACCCAAAACUCGUGAGGGUGGUUCAAGAUGCUGUCCGCCAACAGUCUGAAACUGGAUACCCACAAGCCAUCAUUUUAUCAGGUGGAAGUGGCUCUGGAAAAACAUUUACCUCAAUGCUCUUGCUGCGCCAAUUAUUUGAUGUGGCCGGUGGCGGCCCCGAGACUGACGCCUUCAAGCAUUUGGCCGCCGCAUUCACCGUCCUGCGUUCACUGGGCAGCGCCAAAACCAGCACCAACACUGAAUCUAGUCGAAUUGGUCACUUCAUCGAGGUGCAAGUUACAGACGGUGCUUUGUACAGGACAAAAAUCCAUUGCUAUUUCCUUAACCAAACCAGGGUUGUGACCCCCAUGAAGGACGAGAAAAACUACCACAUUUUCUACCAGAUGCUUGCAGGACUUACAACAGAUGAAAGAACAAAACUCAAUCUGGACAAAUACUCAAUUCACAACCUGAAUUACCUGCGGUACGGUGACACGUCUCAGGACGAGGCCGAGGAUGCUGCCCGUUUCCAGGCGUGGAAAACCUGCCUUGGCGUUUUGGGAAUUCCAUUUCUUGACGUGGUCCGCGUAUUGGCUGCCAUUCUGCUCUUGGGCAACGUUACCUUUGUGGAUAAGCCAAGUGCAAAUUCCAACGCCGGAGCCAACGGAAAUGCCAUCGAGGUUGGAGUGGAAGGCGAGUCUGAGCUGGCCUCAGUUGCCAGUCUGCUGGGUGUUCCCGCCGUGUCCCUGGGCAGGGGCCUCACCACCAGGACGCACAAUGUCCGAGGCCAACUUGUGAAGUCAGUUUGUGAUGCAAAUAUGUCUAAUAUGACGAGAGACUCUUUGGCAAAAGCCCUCUACUGCAGGACUGUGGCUACCAUUGUGAGAAGAGCCAACAGUCUCAAAAGAUUGGGAUCCACCUCUGGAACCCUUAGUUCAGACUCGAACGAGUCGGUGCACAACCAAGCCGAAGUGGCCAGUCAACACGCCUCCACUGUCGGCACUGCUGGCUCAAAAUCUAGCAAAUCCAUGGCGGCCCUGAAUAAUGCUGUAAGGCACGCCACUGAUGGUUUCAUUGGUAUUUUGGAUAUGUUCGGAUUUGAAGACCCAAAGCCAUCUCAACUGGAGCAUCUAUGCAUCAAUUUGUGUUCCGAAACAAUGCAGCAUUUCUACAAUACACACAUCUUCAAGUCUAGCAUCGAGUCUUGCAGGGAUGAGGGCAUCAGGUGCGACGUAGAAGUCGACUAUGUUGAUAAUGUUCCCUGCAUUGAUUUAGUUUCAUCACUGCGCACUGGUUUACUGAGCAUGCUGGACGUGGAGUGCACCAUGAGAGGAAACGCCGAGUCCUACAUCCAGAAGGUCAAAGUUCAGCACAAAAGCAACCCGCGGCUUUUCGAUCCAAGACCUUUGGAGGCGCGAACUUUCGGAAUUCAGCACUACGCAGGCAGGGUGGUUUAUGACGCGUCCGAUUUCUUAGACACCAACAAAGAUGUGGUCCCUGACGAUCUGGUUGCUGUUUUCCACAAACACAGUUGCAAUUUCGGUUUUGCCACCCAUCUCUUUGGAAGCGAAUUGAAGGCCCUGUUUGCCAGAGACACCGCUCCGAGAGGCGUCAGCUUCAGGAUUUCACCAACCUCCCACACUGACUUGCAAAAUGGAGAUGAGCCUGUUUCGACUCUGACCCAGGACUUCCACACCAGACUGGACAAUUUGCUCAGGACCCUAGUGCACGCCAAGCCUCACUUUGUGCGCUGCGUCAGAAGUAAUUCUACAGAGGCGCAAACGCAAUUCGAGAGAGCCACCGUCAUGCGACAGAUCAGAUCAUUGCAAGCUCUGGAGACAGUAAAUUUAAUGGCUGGAGGCUUCCCGCAUAGAAUGAGAUUCAAGGCUUUUAACUCCCGGUACCGACUACUCGCUCCCUUCAAGAGACUGCGCAGGACUGAAGACCGCGUCCUCGAAGACUGCCACACCAUUCUGCAAAGUUUUGCCCUUGCUCAGCAAAACCAAGCCGACCUCAUGAAAGAGAACUCGUCCUCUACUGUGAGCACCAGUUGGGCAACUGGAAAACGUCACAUUUUCCUGAGUGAGGGAGCACGGCAGCAAUUGGAGGAAAUGAGAAAUUCAAAACGGCACAAGUCUGCAGUGUUAAUACAAUGUACAUGGAGGGGAUGGCACCUGAGAAGGAGAUGGCCUACCCUGAGGAGGACUUUGGAACUCCAACUUGUCAGGCCUUCAAACAAUGCAAGCAAAAACGCAGCCAACGCAGCCGCAGCUGCUGCAAAUGCUCGGCCUCGACCUCAGCCUAUUGCCGGUACGCCUCCGCCUGACAUAGCAGAUAAAUGUGACCACAAAAUGAUUCAGCAAACUUGCUCUCUCUUUGGAUUGGACCUGGAGCGGCCGCCUCCAGUGCCCCCGAGUCGAUCGUACACAGUGACUGGAAACACAAAACUUGGCUAUCCACAAACCAGACUCAUGAAAAUGGCUUUUCCAGAAGAUGGAAGCGUUGAAAACGUUGUGCUUCUGAAGGGAGAAACGGUACUCGUGGUUGGAGCUUCGCCUCGUCGCGGUCACUUGCUGGUGGAACACAGCAACUGCACCCUUCAUGUGCCAUUCCAGUAUUUGGAGCUGAAACCCACGCAGCAGCAACGUGGCGUCAGCAUCUGAGCCAAUUCACCUUGUAUAAAAAAUGUACUCUUUGUGGAACUUUGAGAUUUAUUUUGUGCAAAGAAAAUUUCCUACGUGCCAUUCAUAAUUAUACGAACAUUGAAAGACGCUGAAGUGCAGAGCUUAAAUGAGAUUGUUAGUGCAAAGGAGUGGAUUUCUCAGGGUUUAUCAGUUGCAGAUUUUAUUUGUAUGUCUAUUUAUGUUAUCAAUUAAUUAAAAACUAACCGCGUUUAUCUGUAUGAAAUUUGUAAAUAAAAUUUACCUCUGAAUAUGUGAGUAAAAUGCUUUUAUACACAAAUGAUUCUUAUUUUUUAG